AUGCCCAUCCCACGACCAGCAAUCCUCUCCUCCAUCCGAUCCCUCAUCUCAGCUUUUACCUCCAACGCCUCCACGCCCGCCAUCCUAGCACACUUCACCUCCUCCCCAAUACCUCUUGUACACGAGCACGGCUCCCCCUUGUUUCAGCCAUUUCUACCCUUUGUCGGUCGCGACUUCAUCGGUCUCGAAGCAGUUGGCGAAUACUUCGAUUUACUGGCGCAACACCUCUCCAUCAGCGACGCAUCCUUUGACGAUGAAGAUGACUGGGUCGUGGACCCACAGAUUUUAACUGUAUGUCUGCGUGGGCGCGCACGGUUCACAUCUACUGAGACGAAAGAGAGUUGGUUUGAGACGUUUAUGUGGCGGGUCGCAUUGUCCGAGGAUCUAACGGGUGAAAGUGAGCCGGAUGUAGGCCAGGGGCUCAAAGUACAAGAGUAUAGAGUCUGGGCUGAUACGGGCGCUGCGUUUUUGGCUUCCAAGGGAGGGUUGAAGGAUCUCGAAUCUGUGAGUCGGGGUAAUGUGAGGAGGUCUGUUACCGGAGCGCACAAGGCUGAUGAAGUUUUGGGAGGGGAGGAUUUCCCAGUUGGAGAAAAGUUGGGGAGUGGAUUGUCUUUUGGUGGGAGUUCAGGAUAA